AUGGCAAGAUGGGUGGAACAUUACACCGGUCUCUACUCCUGUCCAGUUGACAUACAACCAGAAACUGUGGGACUACUCCCGAUUCUGGAUACUUGGCACGAGUUGGAUUCCGCACCUACCGUAGAGGAACUAUACCUGGCCGUGAAACAGCUUAAAAACGGUAAAAGUCCGGCCAAAGACGAAGUUUACACCGAAAUCGUCAAGCUUAAGUGCAUCCUUCCCGUCCUUCACAACAACCUGACCAAAUGUUGGGAACAGGGCUGCGUGCCUCAAGACAUGCGUGAUGCUAAUAUCGUCACUCUUUACAAAGGUAAAGGCGACCGCGGUGAUUGCAAUAAUUACCGUGGAAUAUCUCUCCUUAGCAUCGUCAAAGCUUUUGCUAGAGCCACCUUGGCUAAACUACAAAAGCUAGCUGACCGCGUUGCUUUUGGAGACGACCUACAGGGAGUACACCUGUACACAAGAUCCGACGGUCAGAUGUACAACUUAACGAGACUCAAGUCCAAACGCCAUAGAGAGGACUUAUUUGUAGACAGCCUUCUCUUUGCUGACGAUGCCGCGUUCGUCGCUCACAGUCAGUCUCAGCUGCAGACAAUCAUGGACCAAUUUUCAAGAGCCUGCAACCUCUUUUCCAUGUCCAUUAACGCCAAGAAAACCGUCAUACUAGCGCAAGGAUGUUCAGCCCAGCCAAAGAUCAUACUUAACGGCGCACCUCUCGAGGUGGUCAGCAAGUUUUGUUACCUUGGCUCGCUUGUGUCGAGCAAUCUCUCGCUUGACGCGGAGAUCGACUCCCGCAUCGGCAGAGCAGCCAAUGCAAAGGUGCCCAUCACGCUCGCCGCGUUGCCACGCUGGACCGCGAUAGACAGCCUCUGCAUCAGGAAUGACCCGGAACGAGGGUCAUGA